AUGCUGGGCUGCUGCCUCGCGCUGCUGCUGCGCGCGGCGGCCGCCGUGCCCGGGGGGCGGCCGGGCCGCGACGUCGGGAUCUGCUACACGCGGAACAUGGUGCACCUGGAGAGCCACGUGCUCCACGUCGACGCGCUGCGCAAGGUCGUCCUGUCGGCGUCGUCGCUGCGCCGCGCCGACGGCGGCCUGGCGACGUGCCUCUUCACGGAGAUGGACGCGGCGACCGUGCACGCGACGACGCGCGAGCUCGUCGGCGCGAAGCUCUUCGACGUGGUCCUGCCCGACGGCGGCGCGGCCUUCGCGGGCCGCGACGCCGCGGAGCGCGCGCUCCUCGCGGCGCCGGAGCGCCGCGGCGGCGACGCGGCCGCGGCGCACCUGCGCCACAUGAAGAUGAAGUCGCGCGUCGGGCGCAUCCUGAAUUUGGGCGCGGCGCCGUUCGAGCUCACGCUCUUCGUCGACGACGACACGUUCUUCUGCGACGCGCCCUCGGCGACGCAGACGUCGAUGCUCCGCGAGGCGCUCCUGGACCUGCACCGCGCGGCGGACAUGGACGGGUCCUACGACGUCCGCGCGCACGUCUUCAGCAAGCGGCGGAGCGAGAAGGUCGCGCUCCGCGAGAGCCACGACUGCGUCUGGGCCCAGGCGCGCGCGCGGCCCUUCGGCGCGGGCCUGGAGCGGAAAUGCAACGACCUGCUCAUGGGCGGGCGGCCCUUCUGCUCCGGCGCGCAGGGCGGCGCCUUCGCGGUGUCCCGGGGCCCGCGCGCGGCGGCGUUCGCGCGGGACUGGCUCGACCGCUACCUCGCGCACUACGCGAAGCUCGCGCGGCGCGCCGGCGCCGCCGUCGACGCGUCCUGGGGCGGCGACCAGGCGCCCCUCGCGGAGCUCAUGGGCGCGCGCUGCGGCGGCGCCGCGGGCGCGGACGGCGCGUGGACCUUCGGGAGCCUGCCCUACGCGCUCAACGUGCGCGACGCCUUCGAGCGCGGGAGCGACGGGUCCCUCGACUGCUCCGUGCCCGUCUUCGGCCCGCUCCUCGUGCUCCACCAGAAGCGCUACCUCAAGACGGGGACCGUCGCGGAGCUCCUCGGCGAGCUCGCGGGCGUCUGCGGCGCCUUCAACGCGCCCCUCGAGGCCGGCGGCCACGUCUGGCUCGGCCGGCGCGGCGACGGCCACGCCGCCGCGCGGGCCUGCGACUGGAUGACGGGGCCCAACGGCACGGACGCGAACGCGACGCGCGGCGACGCGGCCCGCCGGCCGCCGUCGCGGCCCAAAGCCAUGCGCCGCCGGAGCCGCGGGCCGCCGGAGCGCGUCUCGGACCGCGAGGAGGCCAUCGCCGCCAUCGAGCGCGCGGCCGCCGAGGGCCGCGCGGCCGCGCGGCCGCCCGCGGCGCCCGCGGCGCCGCGGCAGCCGCCCGCGCCGCCGCCGCCCGCGGCGCCCCUCCUGGCGCCGCCGGGCCUCUCGACGUCGAAGCAAAGGCGCGCGGCGCGCCUCGCCGCGGCGGAGAAGCGGCGGCGCGAGCGCGGGGGCGCGCUAGCGGGGAUGCUCCUCUCCGCCAUCGUCGAGGCGCGGUCGAAGCUGCGGGAGGAGGUCGCGCGCCACGAGGAGGUCUUGAGCGGCUGCGAGAGCGAGCGGCGGCGCUGCGAGCAGGCCGCGCGGCGGGAGGUGGAGCGGGAGGUGGCGAGCGCCGUCGCGUCGGCGUCGUCGGCCUCCGGCGACGCGCCCCCCGCCGACGCGCCGUUCGCGCCGGGCGCGGCGCCCGGCGCCGCGGCCCCGGCGGACGACGGCGGCGCCGCGCGCGUCGGCGGCGGCGGCCGGCUGCUCUUCGCCGCGGCCGCGUUCCAGUUCGCCGAGGAGCGACUGUUGCGGCGCGAGGCGCUGCGGCGCGUCGGCGUCGUGCGGAGCGGCUACCUGCGGCGCGCGACGCGGCGGAAGCAGGCCACGGUCUGGCGGUUCCACCGGGUCGAGCUGAGGCGCGAGGCCGCGGGCGGCGUCGUGACCUUCUGCUGGAGCGGCGUCGGCGACGGCGGCGUGCGCGGGGACCGGUCCGGCGAGCGGCGCGUCGCCCUCCGGCGCGGCGAGGCGUCCUGCGCGGCGGCGCUCGGCGGCGCGCGGCCCGGCGGCCCCGGCGACGACGACGCCGUCUUCGUGCUCGGCGCGGGCGACGACCGCGUGGCCUGGAUGGCGGCGUCCAUGGGCGAGCGCGACGCCUGGGUCGAGGCCGUCGCCGCGUGCCUCGAGGAGGGCGGCGACGCGAGCCGGCCGCCCGCGCGGGCGCCGGACGGCGGCGACGGCCCCGCGCGGCGCGGCGUCGCGGCCUUCGAGGCGGCCAUCGCCCGCGUCGCGCGCGCGGGCGACCGGGCCGCCUUCGUGCGCGCCCUCUGCGGCGCGGACCUCGCCGCGCCGCCGCGGGCCGAGAGCGACGGCGAGGCGUCGCGCCGGUUCCCCGACGGCGCGCGCGACGCGUUCCCGGCGACCUCCGCGUCGUUCCGCGUGCCCGUGGCCUGGGUCCGCGACCGCCACGGCGCCCCGCGGGCCUCCGUCGAGCCGUCGCCGCGGAGAAGGCGGCGGCCGCGGCCCGCGGCGGCGAAGCGCGGCGACGGCGCCGCGGGCGACGGCGGCGCCGCCGCGCGCGGCGACCCGCCGCCGGCCGAGGCGCUGCGCCAGCGCGUCGUCCAGAUGCGCAAGGACAUGCGGCGGGACCGCGUGUCCAUCGACGGCGAGGUCGUCGCCGCGGACGGCGGCGACGGCGCGCCGGGCGGCGGCGAGUACCACGAGCGCGUCGCGGCCGCGCUCGCGCGGCGGCUCCUCGAGGAGGCGCGGCUCGACGGCGCCCGGGGGGGCGCCGACGCGGCGUCGCCCCGGCCCCUCGCGGCGCUCUCGGAGGCCGGCGCCGUGACCCACGCGGCCGCGGUCCUCGUCGCGUGCACGCGGACGUGCUCGGGCGGCGACGCGUACGCGUGCGUCCACGCGCUCUGCAAGCCCCUCGGCGCGCUCAUCGUGCUGUGCCCGCUGAGCACGCACGCGUCGCCGCUGGAGCUGCGCGUGUCCUUCUCGCGGCGCCGCGAGAGCGCGGGGCCGCCGCGGCGGCCGCCGCCCAUCGGCGCGGCGGGCGCGGCGGCGCGCCGCGGCAACCUGGGCUCGCCGAGCCCGUCCUUCGCGCAGAAGCUCCUGGCGACGCUGACGACGUCGCCCGCGCCGCCGUCGCCCGCCGACGCCUGGGCCGCGUCGCCGCCGUCGGCGGCCGGCGGCUCGCCGCUCGACGGCUCGCACUCGCCGAGCGACGCGUGGGCGUCGACGACGGACGUGCCGCGCGACGAGUCCGGCGCGGCGACGUCCGACGACGACGACGGCGACGGCCGCGACGACGACGCGUCGCCCGCGCGCGGCGGCCGGGGCGCCGCGUUCGCGGCCGCGCCGCGCGGCCGGCGCCGGCCGGGCGGCGGCCUCCGGUCCCGCGUCGACGUCGACGUCCGCGCGACGACGGUCUACCGCGUCUGCACGGCGAACCCGCAGGACGAGCCCUCGGACACGUGGGCCCUCGUCCGCGCCGUCUGGACCCAGUCCUUCGCCGUCACGGGCGACCCCGCGAAGGGCGCGACGAACUUCAAGGCCUCCGAGCCCCAGGUGUCCAUCAAGAGCAAGAUGAUGGGGAUGAGCGAGGAUUACAACGCCGUCAACGAGGCCGGUCAACCAUGGUUCUUCAUCAACAAGACUGGGAGUUUCUUCGGGUCGGGUAAGUGUAUCGUCGAGCUCGAGAACUUUAAGACGGGCUCGAACCCGGAGAAGCCGAAGAAGGGCGAGAUGAUGAAGCCGAAGACGGGCGCCUACGAGCGCUACGCGCCCGCGUUCCAGAGCCUCCUCGCGGGCGACUUCCAGGCCGCGUUCCGAGCCGCCGGGUCGUCGGGCAUGGACCAGGAGGACAGCGCGUACUUCCAGCGCAUGGGUCGCAGCUUCAACGACGGCGGCCCGUAUCGGGUCAUCAAGUGGCAGCUCAACACGUCCGCGCAGAUCGUGCCGGGGACGCGCGGCCAGGCCUACGGCGAGCACCGGCUCGACGUCUGGAGCAGCGGCACGGCGAUCUGCGACUACGACUACAAGGACGGCCGGUAUCACAAGAACGAGGCCGAGUUCGUGGACACGCUCAGCUUCAACCUCGUGCAGUGCUCCACGAACCAGUCCGUCGCGGCCUGGUACGUGCCCAUGGACAUGACGUCCCGCUACGGGUCGACGAGCGCGAACGACGUCUUCCAGGACACCGCGGUCUUCGCCAUGUCCCAGAAGGGCGGCUGGUUCGCGACGCCCGAGGUCGCGACGAAGCCCAACUUCGACCCGACCUUCGCCCUCGUCGUCGCCUACCUCUGCUCCAAGGAGUACAGCCCCAAGGCCAUCAUGCAGGACCUCAAGCCCGUCUUCCCCUCGCGCCCCUGA